UUCGGCUGUCCUUAGAACUCAUUGUGUAGACCAGGCUGGCCUCAGAUUUGCUAUGUAGCAAAUGAUGGCCUUGACUAUCUGACCUUCCUGUCUCUUCCUCCCAAGUGCUGUGGUUACGGGCGUGCACCACCAUUUGGUUUCUCCAGUGUGAAAGACUGAACUUAGGGUUCAUUCAUGCCGAGCUAAUGCCACCAACUGAUCUGCGUCCUGCGGCUCUAGUCAGCAGACUUUUCCUGUUUGCCAAAUUCGCAGCGGCUCCAACUAUUCUCGUGUUUUAAUUGAUGAUAGUGUUUCUCACAAAGAGACUUAAAUAGCUCCGAGCUGCUUACUCCUAGCUACUAAGGGUUGCUGUGGCGUUAGCAGGACAAUUGUUACAUCAACGGCAGCAGUUUCAUCAGAAUUAGGCUGUGUGAGGUUCUAGGUAAGAAUUCUGUCAUUGCUGCCAGUGAUGGCUUUGGAAAAAGAUGCCUGUCCUGCUUUGCCGAAACUGGACAAGAGCAGCACAGCAGGGAAUGCAGCGAAGCCUGCCAAUAAGGAUCAUGACCAACAGGUUGAGAACCACUGUCUUAGAACGAUGUGGACACAAGUUAACUCCCUUUCUCCUUUCCUAAUCUUCAGGUCUGAGGAGAUUCACUUGCCACGCUUCUCACUAAAGCAAGGCAUGAUCCCGACACGUUACGUUAUGCCUUGGAAAGAAAGCAUGAAAUUCAGGAAUGUGAAUCUGAAGCAAGCAGAAGCGUGUGGGAUCUAUGCUGGCCCCUUGGAAGAUUCUCUGUUCUGGGGUUACAGUGAGCGGCUUUGCCAUGGGGAAGAUCGGAAAGUCGUCCUGAAGAAAGGCCCUCCGGAGAUAAAGAUUGCCGACAUGCCUUUGCAUUCGCCUCUCUCCAGAUACCAGAGCACCGUGAUCUCCCAUGGCUUCAGGAGGCGACUGGUCUGAUGUGCUGAC